AUGGAACGGAUCUUGGUCACAGAUUGGGAAAGCAACCUUUUCUUUCUCUUUUUUUCAAUUGGAUAUGUUAUCUUCAUUGUACCCAAGUGUUCAUUUUUUUUUCAUUUCUUUCAGCUAUUCCUUUCAAUUGCCUUCAUUCCCUUUAACUGUUUCUUUUCUUUUGCUUUAACCGUUACUUUCUUUCUUUCUUUCUUUUUUCUUUCUUUCUUUCUUCCUUUCUUUCUUUCGUUUUUUCUCCUCAUUUUGGUCGCUUUUACCAUUUUCUUUUUUCUUACAGUUUGUUUAUUUCUUUCUUUGUUUCAAUUUUUAUUUUUCCUCAUUUCGGACCUUUUAAUAUUUUCUUUUUCUUACAAUUUCUUUGUUUCUUUGUGUGUUUGUUUGUUUUUUUCUUUCAUUCUGUUUUUAUUUUUCCUCAUUUCGAUACCUUUUACCAUUUUCCUUUUUUCUUACAAUUUCUUUGAUUUUUUGUUUCUUUCUUUCUGUUUUCGCUUUUUCUCAUUCCGCUUUUACAAUUUUCUUUUUUCUUACAAUUUGUUUAUUUGUUUGUUUCUUUUUGUUUUUAUUUUUCCUCAUUUCGAUAUGUUUUACCAUUUUCUUCUUUCUUUCUUUUUUCUUUUUUCUUUCUUUCUUUCUUUCUUUCUUUCUUUCUUUCUUUCUUUCUUCAUUCCCUUCGUAUCUUUUAUUUUUACUUUUCUUUAUCGUUAUAUUGUCUUUAUACAACAGGAUUUUCCCCUCACAUUCUUUUUUCGUCAUUUAAUUCUUGCCGCAUAA